AUGCUCUCUAUCUACAACCCGCUCGUUGAGCAACAUGAUCGACAAUAUCGCCAAAUGAUCUAUAUCCAUGAACCUCUACUAAUUACCACUCUCUCACCUGAGAGAAACGCCAGAGACCAGCUCAUCGAAGAAUCCAUCCUCAAAUCUCUCGGUGAUUUCCCACCCACAACAACCACCACCACGACCGACUCCACCAUCACCGUCAAAACGCCCCGUCUCCUGGCCUUCGACCGCCCCUCCUACACCCAGGUCAUGGAGGACCUGCCCAAGGCCGUCGACCUCAAGACCCUCCUCACCAACCCGCAGAUCUCUUCCCGCAUCGACCGCCCCUGGGCGACCUCCCUCGGCGCGGCGCUGGGCCAGUGGCUCGGUUCGUUCCACGCGUGGAUAGCGGAGUCGGCACAGACGGAGCUCGUUCGGACAAUGGAGGGGAACGAGCUGAUGCGCGAUCUCAAGUUUAGUAUUAACUACGAGAAUUUGGUCGGGCUAGUGGAUAAAUAUCCGGAUCUAUUGGGGGGUAGUCGGAGCGUGUUCGAAGAGGUUCGCGAUCUGGCGCGCAGUGAAUUGGGGAGGAAGGAUGGGGAGGGGGCCGCGUUUGGGGUCAUUCAUGGAGACUUUUGGUCGGGGAACGUACUUAUCCCUAAAAACAUCCUCGACCAACAGGAACAAAACCCCAACACCAACAUACCUUUAUUCGUAAUCGACUGGGAGCUCGCCCAAUGCGGUGCCCGCGCGCUCGACCUCGGCCAAAUGAUCGCCGAGCUCUACUUCGUCAAGCACUUCCGGGACGUGGACGCGGGGCCGUGGAUUAUCGAGGGGUUUGCACGCUCGUACCCCCAUCUCACGGAAGCGAUGGCCUACCGGGCGGCGAUUCACGUCGGGGUCCAUUUCAUCUGCUGGGGCACGAUGCUCACGGAUUGGGGCUCCGAGGAGCAGGUGCGCGAGGUGGUGGCGUUGGGCCGCGAUCUGAUCGUUAAGGGGUGGCGGAGGGAGAGGGAGUGGUUUGAGGGUGGGUUCUGGGGGUGUUUGUUGGGGGAGUAG